GCGCCGCUGGGGACGCGGAGCGUGUCGGCUCUCCUGGCUGCCCGGCUGAUGGCACGCCGUGUUCCGGGCCCCGUCUUCUUGUGCUAGUAAUGUAAAGCCAUUGGAUGGUGUGAAAAUUCUUGAUUUAACAAGGGUUCUUGCAGGACCAUUUGCCACAAUGAAUUUGGGAGAUCUAGGGGCUGAAGUUAUCAAAGUGGAAAGACCAGGAGCUGGUGAUGACACAAGAGCCUGGGGCCCACCUUUUGCUGGGAGAGAAAGUAUUUAUUUUCUCAGUGUCAAUAGAAAUAAAAAGAGUAUAGCUAUCAACAUGAAGGAUUCAAAAGGAGUAAAGGUAAUCAAAGAGCUUGCAGCAGCAUCUGAUGUUUUUGUGGAAAACUUUGUCCCUGGGAAGCUGGCUGAAAUGGGUCUAGGUUAUGAAGACAUUAAAAAGAUUGCUCCUCACAUAGUGUACUGUUCAAUAACAGGUUAUGGUCAGACUGGUCCAGUGGUUCAAAGAGGUGGAUAUGACUCCAUUGCUGCUGCUGUUUCUGGUCUCAUGCAUAUCACAGGGCAUGAGGAUGGUGAGCCAGUUAGAUCAGGAGUGGCAAUGACAGACCUUGCUACUGGGUUGUAUACAUAUGGAGCAAUUAUGGCUGGUUUACUUCAGAGGUAUAAGACAGGAAAAGGACUACACAUUGACUGCAAUCUCCUGUCAACUCAGGUUGCAUGUCUCACUCAUGUAGCAGCGAAUUACCUUAAUUGCAAAAUUGAAGCAAAACGCUGGGGAACUGCUCAUGGGAGUAUUGUUCCAUAUCAGGCAUUUAAGACCAAGGAUGGCUACAUCGUGGUGGGAGCUGGAAAUGAUCAUCAGUUUGUCACUGUGUGCAAGAUCCUGAAUUUGCCUGAAGUUAGUAAAGAUUCCAGAUACAAAACUAAUACACUCAGAGUCCAGAACAGAAAAGAACUUAUUGACAUAUUAUCAACCCGGUUUUCAGAAAAAGCGACGAUGGAGUGGUUGCAGCUCUUUGAGGGGAGCGGGGUUCCCUAUGGCCCAAUCAACAACAUGCAGCAAGUGUUCUCAGAUCCUCAGGAUGCUGGACAUCAUGACCUCACAGUCACUGCUGCCAAAGCUGCCUCCUCCCUUCACAUCUCCAAUCAGGCCCUCCUUUAUUGUUUGAGCUGCACAUUAUUCCUUCUUGGUUCUUCUACCAUGUGUAUCAGAAAGGUACUGCACAAUGGACUUGUGAUGGAAAUGAAUCAUCCAACAGCUGGGAAGAUAGCUGUUCCAGGACCAGGCGUCAGAUACAGUGAAUUUGCUAUGUCACAUCCAAAACCACCUCCACUUGUUGGACAACACACAGUGGAGAUACUGAAGAGCGUGCUGGGGUAUGAGGAUGACGCUAUAGAAGAACUGCUUUGCACUGGUGCUGUGGCUCAGCAUGAGGUCAGAUAAGGAACAUUAGCUACAUUCCUUCACACUGAGUUCACAUUACUUUGUCCUCUCUUUGCUCCCUUCAGUUUCCCUAAUGGGACUCAAAGAGAAGACAUAAUUUAAUUCCUAAUUUUCUUCCACGUGUGUUUGUAUGAUUUUAACACUGAUGUAUCAAAUAAACAAUCUCAUGCUGUCUGAGUAAAAGAUUUUCUUGGGGGGGUUGGGAAUAAAUGUAAUUAUACAGUCC